AUGGAUAAGCAUGACAAAGCAUGUCAAGGCAAAGAGUUUCUUGUUGGUCGAGAGCCGGAUCGCAACAUUCCGAGGCAUUUCCAAGUUAGCAAGUCUCAGAGACUCAUAUACUGCAGCAUAGAAAAAGCGGGAACCACCUUCUGGAGAAGAAUUCUUCAAGUCUUAGAUUCCACUAAUUUAGACAAUCCCUAUCAGAUAAAACCAUUGAAUGUGAAUAUCAAUUCACAAUCUCUAUUUAGGGAAGACAUAUUUAGAAUGAUGGCAAACCUACGCACCCAUAUAGUAUUCAUGUUUGUUAGAAAUCCGUUUAAAAGACUUUUGUCAGGAUAUUUGGAUAAAAUAUACACAGCCAAUCCAUUUUACUGGAACUUGAUUGGAAAAGAAAUCCGUGUCCACACGAGACACAACACCCAGCCAACUGCUGUGCUAUUGGACCAGAGCAGGAAUCUGAAAACUGAGAAACCCCCUACCACGUGCUAUCAUAAUAUAAGUUUUGAAGAAUUUAUACAGUAUGUGAUUGAAGCAGAGAAUACGACAAAUCGAAGACGAGAUCCUCAUUUCAUGGCAAUGUACGACUUGUGCAAACCUUGUCAGUUACAGUACCAAUUUAUUGGGAAAAUGGAAACUUUCAAAAAGGAUUUUACAUUCAUUAUGAGGACGUUAAAUAUUUCAAAGUUUGAUGUCGAUGACUUAGCAGAAAAAGCUGUUGACGAUACUUUUGUUGACGUCGCGACAUCUUUAGAUGAAAGGAGGGAUGAAAUCAUCAAAUGUAUCUCAAUGCACGAAGCCUAUCUCCGCUCGUGGAAGCAUAUGCAAAUCAAAGGACUGAUUAGCAUCGAUCAGAAAUAUCCUUAUAGUCCGAAACAAUCUCAGUACCUCAAACCUGUACAAUUAGUUCAAGCUAUGAAAGUGGCCAAAAUCAGCUCUACUUCAAAAGAAAGUUUACAUAAACAAAAAGAGAGGUUCCUUGUGGAUAUCUACAGGACAGUAGCUACAGAAAAGGUAGUCAAAAUGGUGCGAGUUUUGAAAAACGACUUCGAGAUCUUUGAUUAUGAUGCAUACCCUCCAUUCAUUUUUGCCCAUCAUCUGAGAGAGCGGCUAAAUCAUUCCGAUAUAUUCAAUGUGAUGUAA